AUGGCGGCGGAGGGCUCUGAGGAUAUGAGCAGCAGCAGCGGGGAGCUUGAAGAAGAGUCUUCAGCCAUGGAGGCCAUUGCGUUAGAAGCAGUACCUCCUCCGACAGCAAUACCUCCUCCGACAGAACCGACUGAGUUGUUGGAAGAGAACGGUGGUGGCGCCGUGAUUUUUGAAGCCCCUGAAGUCCCAGCAGAGGCUAAUGCUGCCUCGUUCUCGAUGCCCACAAGGGCAGAGGACGAGGAGGGGGAUCUACCAGCAGACUUUGAACGUUUGUGGAAAGCCGCCAAUGACAAUCCCCAGGACUUUACAAGCUGGACCGAUCUGCUGCAGUACUGUGAACAAGAGAGUCAUAUCAUAGCUUCCCGCAGAGCACUGGAGGCCUUCCUGGCUCGCUAUCCUCUGUGUUACGGUUACUGGAAGAAGUUUGCUGACUUGGAGAGGCGAGCCGGGAACAACGACAAGGCAGAGGAGGUGUGUGUGCAGGGCCUUCAGGUUAUCCCUCUGAGUGUAGAUCUAUGGAUCCACUACAUCAACCUGUUACUGGGAACACUGGACAUGAACCUGCCGGAAUCACCCAAGCGCAUCCGCAGUGUGUUUGAGGAUGCGAUGGCUGCAGCUGGACUGGACUUCCACUCAGACCGGUUGUGGGACCUUUACGUAGAGUGGGAGAAGGAGCAGGGGGACAUGGGGGCCGCCACAGCCGUCCUGGACAGAGUCCUCCAGAUCCCCACCCAGCUCUACAGUAGCCACUAUGACAAGUUUAAGACCCACCUGAACAGCUACGAGCCAAAGGAGGUCCUGUCGCCGGGGGAGUACGAGGAGCUGAGGGCAGUGUGCCGUCAGAGCCAGAAGGCAGAACGUGCUGAGCAGGCCCAGGAGGAAGAGGAGGAAAGACCACCAGGGGAGGAAGAACCCGCCACCCCCGAGGGAAAAGACUCUGAGGAACUGAUACAGAAAAUCAGGGAGCAGGUGUUGGUUUGCAGGGACAAGGUCUACCAGCAGAAUGAGGGCGAAGUCCGCAAGAGGUGGCACUUUGAAGACGCCAUCAAGCGGCCCUACUUUCAUGUUAAGCCCCUUGACCGUGUUCAGCUGAGGGCCUGGCACUCUUACCUGGACUGGGAGAUAGCCCAGCUAAACAAGGACACCAAAGACUCAAGUGAAGAUCCCACCCAAGAAGCCCAGCAAGGAUCAGAGGCCGCGCCCCAGCCCGAGGAGGGGUCAGAGGGUAGCAGUGGGGUUGCUGUCGACGACCGCAGGGUCCACAUCCUGUUUGAACGCUGUCUUAUCGCCUGCGCUCUCUACGAGGAGUUCUGGUCCAGGUAUGUGCAGUACCUGGAACCAAAGAGUGUGGAAGAGGCUCGUGCUUUGUACAGGCGAGCCUGCCAAAUCCAUCUGACUCACAAACACACCAUCCACAUGCAGUGGGCCACUUUUGAGGAGAGGCAUGGUGACCUGGAUGAGGCGCGGCGUGUGCUGGUGGAUCUGGAGAAAACCCUGCCGGGGUUGGCUGUGGUCCGUCUCCGCAGGGCCGGCUUGGAGAGAAGGGCAGGUCGGCUGGACGAGUCAGAGGCCCUGCUGCGGGAAGCGGUGGCCCAGUCCAUAGAGAAGCCCUCGCUCCACGCCUUCUAUUCCAUCAAGCUGGCACGGCUGCUGCUGAAGCUGGGCCGGAGCCCUGGGAAGGCCCGCAUAGUUCUCCAGGAGGCCCUGCAAAUAAGUCCGGAUAAUGGUAAGCUGCACCUAAACCUAUUGGAGCUGGAGGUGUCAGGGGACCCGCGCGGCUCAGCAGAGGGGGUGCAGGAGUGUGUGACGCGAGCCCUGGCUGCACCUCUCUCCCCACGCGUCAAGAUCCUCUUCUCCCAGAGGGGCCUGCAGUACGCUGAGGACUAUGGGAACUCCAUCCAGAGUGUGCUGUCCAUCUACGAGGAACAUCAGAAACUACUGAAGGAGCUAGGAGGCAAAAAGAGAGGAGCAGAAAAUGGUGACAUUGAGGACCCAGAAAAGCUGAGCAAAGCAGACGACGGCACGGCAGUGGCCAUGACUCCUCAAGUCCCGCCCACCAUGCCACAUGUUCCCAUAACCACGCCGCCUCCUCCUGUGAUGGGCAGUGACAUGAGCGCCCAGGGAGCCUACGCAGGCUACAGUAACUGGUACCAGCAACCCCAGUACGGCAACUAUGGCUACCAGAACACCUGGAACUACAACCAGGGCUAUUACCCGCCCAGCUAAAGGUGAGGAGGGUGAAUGUGAAAGCGAGGAUGACUCCUGAUCUGACAGCCAACUGAACCUCCCA